AUGCUCUCAUACUUCUUCUCCGUGCGCCAGGAGGGCUUGCAGGACAAGCUAAUUAUCUCAACUGCCACACCCUCCAUCUCCAAUGAAUUCCACGCGUCAAACGAGGUUGGCUGGUAUGGGACAGCCUACAUGCUCACCAAUUGCGCCUUCUUGCUCGUCUUUGGGAAAAUAUACACCUUCGUGAGCGUCAAAGCCGUCUUUCUCGCCGCUGUCGUUCUUUUCGAGGUCGGCUCUGCUGUCUGCGGCGCGGAACCAAACUCGGUUGCCUUCAUCAUUGGCAGGGACAUAAGGAAGGAGGCAGGUGAGAUGGGUGAAUACUACUUCUUAUGGGCGGAGACUGAACAAUAG